UCGCACCGAAGACUCACCCGCGGCUCAUGUCCGGCGAAGUCGUGAAUCCUUCCUCAACGCUGGAACUGGAAGCGUCUCACCACGAUCGCCACCUCUCUUACGUCCCCUUCGUUUCUUCCCUCCUCCUCCUCUUCCUUCAGUCCCUUCCUCCCCUUCCUCCAGCCUCUUCGUUUAUUGGCUUCUUCCUCCCUUCCUUCCUUCCUUCCUUCAUCUACGUUCUUUGUUUUUAGUGUGGGUGAUUUGUUUGGUCUUUGGCUCGUAUACUUGUUUGAGUUCGUCGCCUUCACCUCCUCCUUUCUGUCUCCAUCUCCUCUUCUUCCUCCUCCUCCUCCUCCAGCUCCUCUGUUUGUUUGCCUCUUCUUCCUUCCUUCGUUUGGUUCCCUUUUCUUCCUUCCUUCGUCUCUUUGUUUUUUUGUGUUCCUUCCUUCCUUCCUUCCUUCCUCUUUGUGUUUCUUCUUUCAUGGCUUUGUUUUCGUGUUCGUAAUUUGCUUGUUUUUUCGUCUUAAUAUUGGUUUGGUUUCGUGUGUUUUGUGAGCUUUCGUUUGUUGGAUAAUCUUACGGUAGAAGAAGAGUAAAAGAGAUUGUCAUAAGAAAAGGAAAGCUAGUGUGACCGAAGGCUAAAGAAAGUUAAAACAAAACACAGAGAAAGUUAAUUAACGGGAAGAAUUAAUUAAAGGCUUUACUAUAAUAGAGAAAAAACACUUGAGAAAAAUAUAUCUAGUAAAGAGAAAAAGGGAAAAAAAACUUGACGAGAGGGAAAAAACUUGAGGAAAACUUGAAAACUUGAGGAAAGGGAAAAAAACGAGGAAAAUAUAUAUAGUAAAGAAAAAACAGGGAGUCUUCAGUAUCUCCCUUCCUUUCUUUCUUCCUUUGUAUCUGUUUUCCUCUUCAACGAUGUGAGUGACUUCGAUGCUACAAGAGAAACGAAUAAAAAAUGAAGUCACGUCGUUUUCAGGGGUCACUUGCGUCCUUUUUCCUCGUUCUCGUCACUUUCAUUGCCGUGUGCGGGCGCGCGGGCGUGUCGGGGAUGUCGGAGCGGGCGGGCGAGGAGGGCGUGGACCAGGUGAAGGUGUUCGCCAUGCAGCUGGACAUGUGGGCGCCGCCAAGGGACGACGUGCUUAUCAGAUACAACCUUACCGACCACUUCAAGGAGGGGGAUGUGUCGGAGUUUCCUGAGGUGACGGUGUGCCUGCGUGCCCGCCCCGUGGUCCUCAUGAGCUACGAGAGUCACAUAUCUAUCGCCACCUCGGACCAGGACAACGAUGUUCUACAUAUGUACCGCCGCGGAGAGCAUCACGGCUUCUACUACAACGGUGUCCGCCAGUAUGGGUUCCUUAACAUGACCAACGACAUCGGCCUUCACCAGUGGAGUCACUACUGCCACAACUUCCACCACGGGGAGUACCGCGCUUACAUUCACGGGGAGCUAGCGGCGAAAGGGCCCUUCAGCGUCCCUCACAAGGUCCCUCUACCGGUCAAGGGCAUUAUAACCAUCGGGCAGGAGCAGGACCUUCUGGCGGGGGGGUACGACACCGACCAGAGCUUCCGCGGUCACAUAGCACAGAUCAACAUCUGGAAUAGAUCCCUGACGCCGGAGGAAGUGCGGGUCCAGGCGGGAUGUUCCAAGUCUCCAAUCGGCAACAUCUUCUCCACAGACAGAGAGGCGGUGGAGCUUCUCGGGGGCGCCACGAUGGAGUUGGUGGAUCACUCGUCCUUCUGCCGUAAGGAGGUGGAGUACGUGAUCUUCCCCGAGGCGCGGUACAUGGCAGAGUCCCGGCUAAUUUGCAACAGGAUCGGGUAUGAGGUCUACACGCCGGCAAACCGCAAAGACAACAUCCAUCUCCACCAAGAAUCGCUGCGUUUCGCCGAGCACUGCCUCUCCAACUAUCAUCUAUGGAUCGGCGUGACGGACCAGGAGGAGGAGGACGUCUGGAGGAAGUUCACGGAUAACUCAGUGGCCGAGACGCAAUUUGAGUUGAAUGAACCGAACGGAGGCACCGGGGAGAACUGCAUGCUGAUGUUCCUGCCUAACGGUCUCUGGGUGGACACUUCCUGCGUGAUCAAGUGGCCGGCGUGCGUCCCUUGCGAGGUGUCCAGACGGUCGCCGUUGCGUCUUCGGGGGUUUUGCUUCUCCAACGAGGCGGAGACCUACUACGAGGUGCUGGGCUACCGCGGGGAGAAGCCCUACCUGCACGGCUACUACGGCUUCAUGGUGUACCGCAGCGGCAACUACACGUGGGAGAUGUACGACACGACGGUGGGCGAGGUGGUCUGCGUGCUGGAUGUUCCCUCUAAGGACUCCUACCCCAUCGGCCGAAACACGUGGACGCUGCGCCGCUCCAUGUGCAACUACCUCAUCGGGUCGCACAUUCCGUUGAGCUUAUCCAUCUGCGACAACGAUGAGUUCACGUGCGCCAACGGGGACUGCAUACCCAAGGAGAAGCGAUGCAAUGCCAAGGACGACUGCACUGACCUUUCCGACGAGGAGGACUGCAUCUUCUUCACUCUACCGAAGGGAUAUCGUUCAGAGCGCCCCCCGGACAACCAAACAGAAGGUCUCCCCAUCAAUCUCAAAGCUAGGGUGGAGGUUCUUCGCUUCAUGGAGAUCUCUGACAUCCGAAGAGUCAUCAACGUGGAGUUCACAGUGGGUAUAACCUGGAAUGACCCGCGUCCGAAGUACUACAACCUCGGAGACACGCUGGAGUGGAACAAGCUGUCGGAGGUGGAUAGGAUGAAGUUGUGGGCGGCGAAGCUUCAGUUUCCGAAUGUGUACGAUGGGAAUAUCAAGCUGCUAUCGGAGGACCUGUACUUGAACAAGAUCGCUGGACCGCUGGAGCCAGACUACAACGCUGUCAGGAUGGACACCGUGUAUGGAGGAAAGUCCGCCAUGAUAGUACAAAAACUACACUACAGUGGUAUCUUCGCCUGCACCUUCGACGUGUUCUACUACCCGUUCGACACCCAGCAGUGCUUCCUCCAGCUCCAGUUAUCGGUGAGGCAGGAGUUGGUCAAGUUCUCCGGGGACAUGGCGAACGUCUUGUACCUUGAGGAUCCCAAGCUGCCCGCCUACUUCCUCAAAGACAUCUUCAUCACCGUGCUGGAGAGUGGAACCAACGAGACCAGAUACUCAUUGUUGAACGUUGAGUUCGUGCUGACGCGUCGCUGGAAGAUGAUCGUGUUGACCGUGUACCUGCCGACGGCGAUGUUGCAGCUGGUGGGCUACACGACGCUCUUCGUCAACGUGGCCCUUAUGGACGUCCGCAUGGCCGUCAGCUUAACAACCCUGCUAGUGCUGUACACUCUCUUCAGCAACACGUCUGACGCUCUUCCGAUCACCGCCUACGUCAAGCUCAUAGACGUGUGGUUCUUCUUCUGCAUCUUCCUCCUCUUCUUUAUCAUCGUCAUCCACACCGUCGUCGAGCACAUGGUCAACCUCAGCGAGAACAAGCACUUCACCCAAGUCCUUCCCUUCGACCCAAGACGCACCACUGAGAAGAGCAUGCGUCCGUCCUCCCCCGAAGCUGAGCGACUACUGUUCUUCUGUCGGUAUAUCUGUGUUCCAGGCAUCAUAUUUAUCUUUAACGUGAUAUAUUGGGGUUUAGUGUUCAGUGAGACCUUCUGAAUAGGGAGUUAUCGUCUGCCCUCCCCCGAAGCUGAGCGACUAUUGUUCUUCUGUCGGUAUAUCGUGGUUCCAAGCAUCAUAUAUAUCUUCAACGUGAUCUACUGGGGUUUAGUGUUCAGUGAGACCUUCUGAAUAGGGAGUUAUAGCUGUAGGUAUUGUCAAAAGCCUCCACCCCUUACAUCAGCUGUUUCCAGAGGCCGAAAAGAAGAUCAGUCAGGUUAUAAUGAGUGGUUUGUUUAGGUUCGCGGUACAGAAGAGGGUCAGACUACCAGAGGGUUAUAAAACUACCCCUGGAAAUGCCCUGAACUCGUGGGAAAGCCUUGUCAUAUAUGUGUGGAGAUGGACAGAUAGAGAGAGAGAGGGAAGGAAAGAAGGAAAGAGAGAAAAAGAAAGAAAAGAAAGAGGGAGGAUAGAAAAAAGGAAAAAGUCAACCCAAUCAGUUAAAAAAAAUAUGGAACCGUAAA